AUGUCUGUGGUCGAGGUCGUACAGCGCGCCUUCUGGGCGUUGUGCCUCCUCUUCCCCUACCUCCUUGGGCCCGCCAGUGCCCGCAUCCUCAUGCAUGGCCAGCCCGGCCCCUUCGUUGAUGUCUCCCCAGUCUCCAGUCUUUUGGUUAUCGCCGCCUAUCUGUUCGUCUCCUCGGGUGUGGCCGUCUUUCUCCUCGACGGCUUGAUACAAGUCAGCCGCAGGGCCACCAUCAGUCUGGCUAUCAUGCUGGGCGUAAUAAGCGCGUGGUAUACUUGGCAAUCGGAACACCUUGUCGGCGUACUUAUCGUCAUUUUGGGCUUCCUAGUAAGCCGACACCGCCAACAAGUCAAAGACCUUGAAGCACCCGACGACCAGCCGCUCUAUAUCUUCGCCAUCGACGAAGAGACGGAUCUGUUCGGCGAGAAGCUCGAGCCCGACAAAGCUUCUCAAGAGCCAACGCCUCCAGCCCGCGGUUGGAUCUCAAGGGUUGCGCGGUUCCUGUGGAGCGCCAUCUGCUUCAUAGGUUCGCCAGCUCUGCUGCAGUUCUCUCUCUACGUUGUGACCCUGCUCUGGAUGGAAUGGGUGAUGUCUUUCGACGCCACCGUAUUCCAGCCCACAGCUACCAUCGUCACAUUUGAAACUCCUACCACCACCACCACCAAGUACAGCGGCUCUUCUUAUUCCUCUCCAAUCGCUACGCCAGUUGGCAAGUCAACAUGGAUGCAAUCGGCGACGUCAACAACCAUGCCGACAGCCCUUCCAAGCGCCAUGCCAAGCACGAUGCCAACGGCCAUGCCAGCACCAGCAGCCAUGGAGGGCGCCCUCCACGAUUGGCUGUCCGCCGUCGGCACUCCUCCCAGAGUUCCCUGGAUCUUGCUGUACUACUUCCGUCUUCCCAGCUCAAUUGCGUAUGGCGUCACUAUGCUCGCCCUCCAAUUGUUUCGAUUCAGGUCAGCAAUUUACGCUUCAUUAUCAGUCGCCUUCGCAAUCUUGAUCGCUUCCGACUUCGCCGCAACGUCUUUAAUGAACUGGAUGAAUCGCAAUGGUAUCAGCCCAUUCGUCGGCCUCAUCAUUGUCAUCGCAGUUUUCAUGACUUCGUUGCAAUUUCUCAAUCGCUGCACCGCCCCGCUAUGGAACGCCUAUCUGCUGGAGAACUUUGCCACAAAGACUGCUGAGUACGACUUCAAAUGCCUCGUAGCCAAGCUGUUCAACGAAUGGGAAGAGGCCUACAAAGCACUGUGCAAACUAAUUAAGGACUCUGACAAGCUCACCGGAAAGGUCGGCGAGCAGAGCCGAAGGAUUGACAAUCAAACUACUAAGAUCCGGUCUCUCCGCGAGAGCAAGGCCGACAAAGAUGCCCUUGAGACGACAAGUCAGUCACUUGAACAAUUGGAUACCAGAGUCAGCAGUCUGAGCAGUGAGAAGGCCGAUGCGACGCUACUUGACAAGGCCAUAGACGGAUUCCAAAGGCUGAGCGUUGGCUUUUUCAAUUUGAGCGAGACGAAGGCCAACACGACAGAUCUUGACAUUACGAAUGGGACACUUGAAGAACUCAGUGGUACGGUUGGCGUGCUGCAGACAUCGAAGGCCAAUGCUACAGAGGUUGCCACGUUAAGGGACGACCUUGAUGCAGCAAAGGAAGAGGCCGCCGAGAACACUUCGACACUUGCAGAGCUACAGAACACAAAGGCUAAUACCACAGACGUCAUUGCGUCGAAUCUAGACAUUCUCAAAGUGAAGAAAGACACCUCCACGAACACUACGUCUCUUGAAGAGCUACGAAGCACGAAGGCUGAUGCCAAGGACCUUGAGAACAUCACAAGCCGCAUCGAUGGCAUGGGCACACAACACGGACAUCUCACCAACCGCGUGUACAACUUGGAGACAGACAAAAACAAGAUGAAAGAGCGGCUGAGUGCUGAAGAAGAUGCCACCAAGACCUUUAAGGCUGGCCUGGGAGCCGCUCAGUCGAGCCUCGGAGACCUGCGCCAGGCCGACGUCUGGCACAGCCAGGCGAUCAGCAAGCUCCAGGAUCAGAAGGCUUCGGUCAAGGAGUACAAUGCGCUCAAAUCCCACUUCGACGAGUAUAAGAAGAAGACCGACGCAAAGUCUCGCCAGGAUGCCAAGGACAAAGCCGGCAUGAUGGAGCAGAUUGCAAACCUCACAGAGCUUGCCGAGGAUUUGCAGGACAAGAUUGACGCACUUCAGGCCAGCUUCGUCAAGCGCGAGGAUUUGCAGCAGCUCAAGAUCGACACCAUCUCGCGCAACAAUCAGACUCUGCAGGCUCACAAGGAGCUGGAGACCAGUGUCGAGACUCGCUUCACCGCUGCGACCGAGAGUGUCGAUGAGCUCCGAUCUGAGACCAACUCUCAGCAUGACGAGCUGGUGCAGGCUCACGAGGCGCUGGAAACCAACAUCGACUCGCGUUUCACUGCUGCGGCUGAGGAGACGCAAGCCGUUCAGGCUGACCUCGAUGAGCACAAGGAAGACGUGGACGAGAGGCUUGGUGUUCUUGAUGAUGUGAACUACAAUCAGUUCCAAGCACUUGAGAAGCACUUUCAGGAGCACGUCGAAGCGUCGAAGGAGCAGAAGAUCCCGGAGCGAGUAGAUGCCAUUCAGCAGCGCCUGAAUAGCCUUGGCGACCAGCGCAUCAACGACGAAACCCUCAGCACCAAAGUUCAUGCCAUUGUCGACAGAAUUCUAAACGGCAAGAAAUUGAGGGCCGUUUUCAACGCAGUGGAGGAGGAUAACUUCGAGCAAAAGGAAUUGUUCGAAGAUGUCCAGGCUGUCAUUGAAGAGAAGCUCGGCAGCAAGGAUUUCCAGGACCGAAUUUACGCCACCCUCUUGGAUAAGCAGAUCGCCAGCAACAACAAGCCUCUCGGUGAUCCCCCUGGGGUGAACACCGGAGGACAGGCGACAUCCCCGGGCAAUUCAAGCCAUCAACACACUACUGACAAUGCAAUCAUCCGCAACGGGAGCCUUCUUGGUGAUCCCCCUGGGGUGAUCACCGGAGGCGACCUCCCCAAUUGUGAUGGCGAUGAGUCUUUCAAUGGCUUGCAGACUAUCCCUGAGGAUUCGAGCUUCCACGAUGGCGUUGUUGAGAACGACCUCGGCAGUGGCGAUCGCCCUUUCGGUGAUCCCUCUGAGGUGAACACCGGAGGGCGGGCGACCUACCCGGACAGCCCUUCGUCGGAAGCUCAGCCUCUUGUCGAUGGUUCCAGCUAUCAGACUCUGGAAGCCGACCAGCAGGACACGGAUGAUGGCAGCGACGGCACAGUGCAGCCGAAGCGGUGGAAGGGCAAGGGGCCAUGUGAGCCUGACCACCUGACCUAUUCCAUGCUUUUCGAUCGAGACGACGACGAGGAAACGGACGAAGAUGAUGAUGAAGAGCAAGAUGAAGAUGGCGGUGACGAUCAUGAUGGAGAUGACGACGAGUCGGACGAUGACAAUGGCGGCCCUGGCCCAGGCCCAUCUUCAGGAGGCGGCAACUUCCAUGGCCACAACGGCGCCAGCGGACAUGAUGAUGAUAAUCAAGAUGGGGACGACGAUGGAGCCCCUGGCCCGUCAUCUGGAGGCGGCAGCCAUCACAGCCCUUCAAGCCAAUCUUCUCGAGCUUGCGACUUCCAUGCCCACAACGGUCACAACGGAGAGCAUGACGGAGUGCACGAUUGCGCCCCUGGUCCGUCAUCGGCAGGCGGCAACUCCCACAGCUCCUCAGGCUCAUCUCCCCGAGGCGGCAGCUUCCAUGGCCACAGAAGUGUCAGCACAGAUGACAGUGAUGACCAGGACGGAGAUGAUGGAGCUCCCGGUCCAUCUUCAGGAAGCAGCAGUACCCACAGCCAGAAUGGCGCCAGCGGAGAAGCCGAUGGGGAGCCGGAAGCCAGUGGUGAGCAGGCCGGAGACCAUAAAGCCGCCAAUGAACCGAGAAACCGGGCCUCCAACCAGAAAGCUCGGAGAGACAAGUACCUUGAGAGAAAACAUGCCAAGAAGGAGCAGGAACGCCAGGAACGCCAGGAAGCCAAGCAGCGAAAACGCCAGGCCCGCCAGGCCCGCCAGGCUCCUAAGCGACCCGAGGCUCCCGAGUCCCCGGACGCGGACGCGGGACAGAAUACCAGGAGACGCAGGCCCAGAGGCAAGGGAGGAAAGGGCCAGGAAGCAAAUGGUCAAGCAGCAAAUGGUCAGGGAGCAAAUGCCCAGGGAGGUAGAGGCCAGGGAGGUAGAGGCCAGGGACGGAGGCUAAACCGGCGGAGGGCUCAGCCGACGGCUUAG